AAAAUCGCAUUGUGAUUUGUUGAUGUUUGUGUCAAACUCUCGGUCGGUCGGUGUUACGAAAGAAAAACCUCGAAACCGAAGGAAUAAAGUCGAUCUGUGACGACUGUAUUAAUUCAUCGACACCUCGUAUUAUGUUAGGACGGGUGUAACCAUACAUGCAGCGAACAAACCGCUCAUAGAUAAGCGAAAACGGCCGUUUAUUCUCUGUGUGUAACUCAUAACAACACAAAUUCACCGCAAGCUGGCCAGCGAUGACAAUCCUCCCGAAGAAAAAACCGGCCUCCACAGCCGGUGGCGGUGAUCAUACGGACGAACCGGACAGACGAGUCGGCUCUGAGUCGCACCCUCAUCCCCUCGGAGGACGAUCGGGGUCCCGACCCAGGGCCUCUCCGCCGCCGUGGACAUACCAGGCCACACCGCACACGUCCAGAGAGGAGCGGCGGAUCGAGGCAAGCGCUCGCCCGCAGCAGGCCUCCCCGCAGCCCGGUGCCGCUGGAGCACCGGUCGUACAGUGCGAAGGGAGCCCGAACUCGGUUGUGGUCGCAGGUCGUGUCGAGCUGCCUUGCGGCGCAGGUGGUGUUGGAAGCUGCUGCUCAGGACCCGGACUCAGCAAGCGGAGACGACAGGCGGUCUGCUCCAGCGGUUUGACAGGUGGAGGAGGUAGAGUGGGAGGCGGCGGGGGAGGAGGAGGAGGGGGCGGUAGUCCAGUCUCUGAACCCGAGGAGGGAGCUGGAGGCAACAACAGUGAGGACGAGUAUGAGAAUGCGGCCAGACUUCAGCAUGUGGACCCCGCCACAGUCGAGCAGCAAGAAGAAUGGUUCGAGAAAGCUUUGAGGGAAAAGAAAGGCUUUGAAAUCAAAAAAAUGAAGGAAGAUGGAGCAUGUCUUUUCAGAGCAGUUGCUGAUCAAGUAUACGGGGACCAAGAUAUGCACGAUGUGGUACGGAAGCAGUGUAUGGAUUAUUUGACGAAAAAUGCAGAUUACUUCUCCAGUUAUGUCACAGAGGACUUCACCACAUACAUUAACAGAAAGAGGAAGAACAACUGUCAUGGGAACCACAUUGAGAUGCAGGCCAUGGCAGAAAUGUACAACCGGCCGGUGGAGGUUUACCAGUAUGGCAUUGAGCCAAUAAAUACGUUCCACGCCAUCCAGGAAAACAACGACGAGCCGAUACGUGUCAGUUACCACAAGAAUAUCCAUUAUAACUCUGUAGUGAAUCCCUACAAGGCUAGUAUUGGGGUGGGACUGGGCCUCCCCUCCUUCAAACCAGGGCACGCUGACCAGUGUCUCAUGAAAAACGCUAUUAAGACGUCUGAGGAGUCUUGGAUUGAACAGCAGAUGCUGGAGGACAAGAAGAGAGCAACAGAUUGGGAGGCAACCAAUGAGGCCAUCGAGGAGCAGGUGGCUCGUGAGUCCUACUUGCAGUGGCUUCAGGACCAAGAGAAGCAAGCGAGACAGCCUCGUAAAGCUAGCGCCACCUGCAGUUCUGCCACAGCUGCCACAUCCAGCGGCUUUGAGGACUGGGGAUGCCGGUCUCCCCGCCAGCGCAGCUCUGCCCCCUCUCCAGAGCAUCCUGGUCCGGCUCACCCUGAACCCCCUGUCAAACCUCCGUCCCCAGCUGGAGCUUCGCUGGUUCUUCCCAAACCCCCGUCACCAUGUGCCCCAGGUCCAAGUCAUCAAUCUUCUGCCAACUCUUCCCUUGUGUCUCUCUACCCAACUUUGGGCUACAGGACUCUAAUGCAGGACAUGUCACCGACUGCCUUUGGUUUAACAGAUUGGGAAGAUGAUGACGUUCUGGCCUCGGUUCUGGCUGCUUCGCAACAAGAAUACCUCGAUAGCUUGAAGAAAAAUGCAAUGCACAGAGAAUCUUCUCCAGACUGCAGUUGAUAUAUUGGACAGCACAACUUGCAUCACAAACCACAGAACAGCUGCAUUUCUAUAUUUCAACACCUUGCAAUGUUUCUUCCUCUCCCCUCUUUAUAAAUACCACUGUAUUCAAAUUUUUUUUCUUCUUCUUUUUUGUUAACACAUUUUUCUUAAUUUCUUUAAGCUUCAUGGACCUAGUUAGGUGCAUGUUUAAAUAAAUAUUGUAAAAUUAAUAUUACAAAUAUAAUCUCAACUGUUUAUUAUUAUCAGGUGUUUUCAUUAUUUGAGCAGAAUAAAUUAUACUAAUUAGUAUAAGAAUGUUGAAAAUGUUUUGAUCUUUUUUUUUUCUAAUUUUUCAAUGUUGACCAAUGCAGCACAGCAAGCUGCGGGUCUUUGGUUAUUUAAAGAUGAACAAUAAACAAUUCAAAUUCA